AUGGUCCUGCUGGAUUUGGUCUUUCAUUAUGGUGGACAGUGGGUCAAGAAGCCACUCAUAGCAUACUCAAGAAAAUUUUGGCACAUUAAGAAAGGUUUUGACUCUAAAUUGCUUUCCUACAAUGAUUUAGUGGAUGAAUAUGUUUCUAACUUGGGGUAUAUAGGAGUCCAACAACUAGUAGUUAAUGGUCCUUCUGGUUCAUAUUAUGAAAUAGAAGGUGAUUAUGGCAUUAGGACUUUACUGGACAUUGUGAAUGAACAGUUUAAUGUUAUUAACAUAUUUGCUGUAGAGGAUUGUGAGUCAAGUAUUUAUGUACCUAAUAUAACCCAUCACAAUGAGAAUGCUGAACCUGAUGAACUUGAAGCUGCCACUGAUUGUGAUGAAAGUGAUAGUUGUGAUGACAAUGAAAAUGCUGUUUCUUCUAACUAUGACUGUGAUACACUAGAGAAACUUUUUAAACAAAAGAAAAGAGACAUUAAUGAUAAAUUAACUAACUAUACAGAGUUGGAUAGGUCAAUGACAUUCAAAGAUAUUGCUGAAGCUAGGAAAGUUAUAAUUAUGUAUGCACUUGCACAUGGUUAUGGGUUAGAGCAAGUUAAAAGUGACCCAACUAGGCAUAGGUAUAUUUGUGAAGUUGGUUGCCCUUUUGUAUGCCACAUAUCUAGGAAUACUUCGGGGGGUGGGGCUGAAUUCAGGACUUUACAUUCUAAGCACACUUGUGAACCUGCAUAUGAGAGUCAUAGGGUUAAUUCAAAGACCAUUGCUGAAUACUUCAAGAGAGGGUUACAAGAAAAUCCAACCAUUAAGGUUAAAGAGAUGAGGGCAAGCUUGAAGGCUGCAUUUAAUGUAAAUGUUAGUGAGUCAAAGUGUAGGAGGGCAAAAAGAUUGAUUUUGGAGAAUCCGAAAGGUAGUUUUACUGAUGAGUAUAAUAAGUUGGUUGCAUAUGUUAAUGAAUUGAAGUGUAGUAAUCCUGGAAGUGAUGUAGUAGUUAACUUAUCAAAGGAUGCUCUCGCUGAAGGCAAGAGAAGGUUCCUAAGGAUGUACAAAUGUUUUCAUGCAAUGAAGAUGGGGUUUAAGAGUGAGUUAAGGCCCUUUAUAGGGUUGGAUGAAACUUUUUUGAAAUGGAAAGUUAAGGGUCAGCUCUUGGUGGGAGUUGGUCAAGACUCUGCAAACCACUUUUAUCCAUUAGCUUGGGCUAUUGUGGAUAAAGAAACAAAAGUCACAUGGAUGUGGUUUUUAACUCUUCUGCAAAUGUCUUUGGACCUUAAGAUGGGUGAAGGAAUCACUUUCAUCUCAGAUAUGCAAAAGGGGCUAAUUGACUCAAUCUCAGGUGUGCUUCCUGAGGCACACCACAGAUUUUGUGUUAGACACAUAGAAGCAUACUGGUGCAAGAGAUGGGGAUCUGGGGAAUACAAGAAAUAUCUGUGGUGGGCAGCUUGGAGUACCUAUGAAGAGGACUUCCAAGAUCAGUUGAAGAGUAUGAGCCAAGUGGAUGAUGAUGGUAAAGUUGUUGUUGAAGAUUUGUUAAGACAGAAGCCAAUUAUAGAGAUGUUAGAGGAGAUAAGAAUCAAGGUUAUGAAUAUGUUGAAUGAUAAUGAAGCUGAAGUGAUGGGGUGGGGAGGUGAGUACAGUCCUAAGACUCUAAACCUGUAUAACCAAUUCAUGAGGAUUGCACAAAAGUGUCAUGUGAAUGGCAGUGCUGACCAAGGUUAUGAGGUGACAGAAGGUAGUGAUAGGCAUAUUGUCAAUUUGGGGGCAAAAAAAUGCACUUGUAGGACAUGGGACCUUUGUGGAAUCCCAUGUCCUCAUGCAAUCUGUGCCCUGCUAUACAAGAAGCAAGAUCCUUUGAGUGAGAUUCACUGGUUUCUUUCAAAAGAGGCAUAUCUCCAGACUUAUUCACAUAAGUUACAACCCGUGAGAGGAGAAAAGUCUGGAAGAUAG